AUGAUCAGCAGGCUCGCCAGCAGACGCGCCUUGCAGCCGCUGCGCGUCUUGCCGACCACCACAGCCAAUGUUGCCAAGUGCACGAGAACGCCUCUUCAGCAAAGAUGGAUGACAGCUGCGCCGAAGCCUGGUCAAGGACCCUUGAUGGAGCGCCGUGCCGACCACCUUGCCUCGACGACCUUCCGCUGGUCCCGCUCCUUCCCCAUCUUUGUCGUCAUUGUCGCCGUCUCGUCGCUCGCCAUCUUCAACUACCAAAAGUCUUCUUCGCCCGUCGUAUCCUCGACGCUCUACGCCCUACGUGUCUCUCCCAAGGCCCGUGAGCUACUGGGAGAUGAGGUCUAUUUCAAGCACCAAAUCCCCUGGAUCAGCGGCGAGAUGAACCAGCUGCACGGACGCAUCGACAUUGCGUUCAGUGUUAAGGGCUCUCGCAGCGAGGCAGUCAUGCGCUUCGCGAGCUACCGUCUCUCGCACAAGGGCAUGUUUGAGACAACCGAGUGGAGCCUGGAGAUGCCGGACGGGCGCAAGAUUGAUCUGCUCGACGGCACGGAUCCGUUCAAGGGCAUCGUCGGCGGAAACGACCUGGACGACUACGACGAGGAGGCCGCCUCGGCGGCGACCAGGGGCUUCAGGCAACAGCCGAAGCUCAAGUAG